CCGCCCCGCGGCCCGGGCAGCCCGCCACCUCGGCCUCGCCAGGCGCCGCGCGGAGCCGUCGGAGCCCGGCCUGUCCCGGCCGCCGCCAUCAUGCAGAGCCGGAGCCUGACCCCGCACGUGCACUGGGCGCAGCGGCACAGCGAGCUCUACCUGCGGGUGGAGCUGAGCGACGUGCAGAGCCCCGAGAUCACCAUUACGGAUAACGUGCUUCAUUUCAAAGCCCAGGGUCAUGGUGCCAAGGGGGACAACGUCUAUGAAUUUCAGCUUGCGUUUCUAGAACCGGUCAAGCCCCAACUGGUGUACAAAGUGACUCAAAGGCAGUUGAACAUCACCGUGCAGAAAAAAGAAAGCAACUGGUGGGGAAGACUCACCAAACAGGAGCGGCGUCCGUUGUUCCUAGCGCCUGAUUUUGAUCGCUGGCUAGAUGAGUCGGAUGCUGAAAUGGAACUCAAAGCAAAGGAAGAAGAAGAGAGGAUUAACAAAAUCAGAAUUGAAUCCAGAGUCCCUAAAGACCCUUUCAGACAGCUGAAGAGAGGAUAUUUGUUCAUGUAUAAUCUUGUGCAGUUUUUGGGGUUCUCCUGGAUUUUUGUGAAUAUGACAGUUCGCCUGUUUAUCUUAGGAAAAGAUUCCUUCUAUGAUACAUUUCACACCAUUGCUGACAUGAUGUAUUUCUGUCAGACGCUCGCAUUUAUAGAGAUCCUGAAUUCACUAGUAGGAAUCGUCAGGUCACCACUUAUACCUUCUUUACUCCAGGUCCUUGGAAGAAAUUUUGUCUUGUUUAUUGUCCUUGGAAAUGUGGAGGAAAUGCAAAGCAAAGCGGUGGUGUUCUUUGUAUUUUACUGCUGGAGUAUUAUCGAGCUAUUCAGGUAUCCAUUCUACAUGCUUUCCUGCAUUGAUAUAGAAUGGAAAUUACUAACUUGGAUCCGAUAUACCAUCUGGAUUCCUCUCUAUCCUUUAGGCACCUUGGCAGAAGCUGUGUCUCUGAUUCAGGCCAUUCCAAUCGUCAGUGAAACAGGGAAGUUUAGUUUCACGCUGCCAUAUCCGAUGAGCAUGACAAUCAAAUUUUCGUUCUUUCUUCAAAUCUAUCUUAUAAUGUUAUUUUUAGGUGUGUUUAUAAACUUGCGUCACCUCUACAAGCAAAGGAGGCAGCACCUUGGAUCAAAAAAGAGAAAGAUGAAGUAAAACAGGGACUACAAUGCUUUCCUAGACCUAACUUAUCUUAAUGACAGGACCCUCUGAUUCUUACAAUUUUACCUAUUAUAAUAAUGGAAAGGAUUUUCUACAGCUAAAUGAUCAUGUUAGAUUUCAUAGUGACUCUUCAGAUAGCAUUCCCAUACACUGUAUUGAGUUCCUCUUCAAUCAUAUACGCAUGGCACUUAAUGUUGAACAAUGGCAAUAUUUAAACGUGUUUCCUAUCAGUUACCAUAUUAUAAAAAGAAAUCCUAUUUGCAAAAACUGAGCAGCUCUAACUGGAUAUUUGCUUUCAGAUAUUGAAUGCAGAUAAGGCUUGUGAUGCUGGGGUAGAAUAUUUCAGACCAUCCACUCCAUGCUAUGUGAAACUGACUAGGAGUGGCCUGAGGAGCUGAGAAAUGGAUUUAUUAAUGGUCAGUGCUAGGUCUGCUUUUUUUCAGCAGGCUUUUGCUGAUACAUUUAAACCUGGGAACAACUAGUGUCAGCAAUGGACACCACCAGCUUGUUCUUAACGCAUGUACGACAGGAAGGCUUAAUCUCUUCCCCCAUGGAAUAGAAAUACGUAGUGGUGUCCAGCAGCCCCUGUCUAGCUACAUAGGUCCUAGCCAGUCAGUAGUGGGAGCUACCUACUCAUUCAAAUUUUCCUCACCAGUUGACAUAGCUGCUACUUCACACGGCCUUGUGGUCACUAACUCUGCCCUUCCAGAUGGUGAGAAUUUAAAUGCCCCAACUCAGACACUGGAAAACCAGGCAGUGUAGGGGUGAGGUUCCAUUUCUUGCUAUUCUUCCCCCAGUAGCCCACAAAAAUUAGAAUUCCACCAGGAAAUGCAGAGGUAAAGCAAGCCUCCCUUGAGAUGAUCCCACAACCUUCCUUCUACUACCAUAGGGAGGCCAGCCCCUUGUCCGCUCCUUUUUGGGAAUGGUGGUGUAAGUGCUUGGCUCAAACCCUGUUGAGAAGGAAGCAAGCACCUGUUUUCCUAUUCCCUCAAUGCAGAAGACUGCAGCUAAGGAGUCUGCAUGCCAGGCUGGCCAUUUGCUUUUGGGGUGCUGUGUUGGGGGCCUAAUAAGUUAGGGACCAUUUGGGUAUUGUGUACCAGAUCUCAGCAAAUGAGAGGCAAGUGAUGUUUCAGGUUUAUGCCUUAGGUAAAUUAUAAAAGUAAUUUUAUUUGUUUUAAACAAAGAAACCUCCAUUGCUUAAAAAUGAGCUGUUUUGAAUAAAGGGUGCCAUGAUUAAAAUGACUCCUACACCCCCAACCUGAUCUGCCAGGAUUCAGCCCCCUCUGACCCUUUGCAUUUUCCCUGAAAUUAACUAAAGUCGGAUUUAAAUAAACUUAAUUGUAACCAUGACUACAGAGCAGUUAGUUGCACUGUUGACCCAGCUGAGUCUAGUCCUCUUUCCCCCAGCACCCACUGUAACCCUUGUGCAAGUUAAUUCCAGAGCGAUCAAUUUAUUUCCAUCCCCCUGUUUGUAUGGCUUUGUUUUACGAAAGCAUACCACCAGAAAAAAAAACAUGUUGCUAUAUUUUCAAUGUGAAAUACCCUUUUCCCCAAUGAUUGUUAUUGUGAGGUUAACACUAGAACAUUUAGGUGGGUUUUUUUUGCAGAGAAGUGGUCCAACCGCCACUGAAGGCAUUCUGCAAAAAGACACCAUCCUAAGGAACUUUCACCAUUAUCAAAGGGCAGAGCUACUCUUAAAAUACUGCAUCAACGCAGCUGCAGCACUUAAGUGAAGACAGACCUAUCCCAACGGGCGAGCGUCUCCUGUCGGUGUAGUUAGUUAAUCCACCUCCCCAAGAGGUGGUAGAUGCUCUGUCAUAGACAUAGCGCUGUCUACACAUGGGGUUAGGUCAGUAUAACUGCGUGUCGCUCAGGGGCGGGACGUCAUCAUACCAAUAUAGGUUUGUGGCAUGGACCUGGCCUAAAUGUGUUAAAAGGAGCCUUUCUGUGUGAAAGGCUAAACAAGGGCAUGGCCAGCUUCCUCAGGGUAGUUACACCAUAAUUUAUACACUGUGUCUCUUCUACAUACACAUCUAUUUGACAGUGAAUCGAAUAUCUUGGUGCCGACACUGAGAAUUUAACACAGCGUUCAUUCUUUUAAUUCCUUUAAAGGACAUUUAAACAUUUAUGAAAUACAUGGUUGUGAGGGUACGGGGGAGGCACUGCUACCCGUAUUUGGUGUGAUUUGCCAUGGAUCUUCAACUACUGAGUUUGCUUGUCCUUCCAAAGGCAGCUGAAUGUGUAUUUCUAUUAAUAAAGAUUUACAAGCAAAGUC